UUUCGAAUAGGAAUAGGGUUUCGGUUGGGGAAUGUUACUUAUUGUCAACAUCACGUCUUUACUUUACUGAACCUGCAAUUCAUCUUCACUCUCCGUUCAAAUUUCCCACAAGGUUCAAGGGUAUUAUGCUUGCUGGAUUCAUUCUCUUGCUGAAAUGCAAUCUUUCUAGCUUGCAGGUUGUGUGUUAAUUUUGGUUCCGUUGACAGAAAGCUUGUACAACUGUCGCUUUAUUGGUGUUAGCUAUGCUACCCACUGGAGCAAAAGAGACGCAAUUACGUGAGAGCAACAGUCAGAAGGUCCACCCUCAACCCAUGGAAGAGGCCAUGAAUCAGAAUCCAGAAGCCGUGGAAACCUUAAUAUCUAAAAUUUUUACAAAUAUCUCUUCCCUAAAGUCAGCUUAUAUCCAGCUGCAAUCUGCUCAUACUCCCUAUGACCCUGAUAAAAUCCACACUGCUGAUAAACUUGUUAUAAGUGAGCUGAAAAAUCUGUCUGAACUCAAGCAUUUCUACAGGGAAAACAACCCAAAACCAGUGUGUGUUUCUCCCCAAGACUCACGUUUAGCUGCAGAAAUUCAAGAACAACAGAGCCUCCUGAAAACCUAUGAGGUCAUGGUGAAGAAAUUCCAGUCUGAAAUCCAGAAUAAAGAUUCAGAGAUCCAUCAAUUGCAGCAGCAGAUUGAUGAGGCUAGCCAGAAGCGAGCAAAACUAGAAAAAAAUUUGAAGCUUAGAGGUUUGUCUACCAAAGAAACAGAAGAUGAAAAUGGAUUUUUCCCUGUUGACCUAACUCCAGACCUCUUCACCUCUGCUGUGGAAGCAGCUGCCAAAGCCAUUCAUGAUUUUUCUAAACCUUUAAUCAACAUGAUGAAAGCUGCUGGGUGGGACCUUGAUGCUGCUGCCAACUCAAUCGAACCUGAUGUUGUUUAUGCGAAGAGAGCUCAUAAGAAAUAUGCAUUCGAGUCAUACAUAUGCCAGAGAAUGUUCAGUGGCUUUGAGCAGGAAAGCUUUUCUAUCAAAUCAGAGAAUAUUACAGUCACUAAAGAGAGCUUCUUCCACCAAUUUCUUGCUUUAAGGGAGAUGGACCCCUUGGAUGUGCUAGGGCAAAAUCCAGAUUCCAUUUUUGGUAUAUUUUGCAGGAGCAAAUACCUUGUGGUAGUUCAUCCAAAGAUGGAAGCAUCAUUCUUUGGAAAUUUAGAUCAGCGAAAUUAUGUGAUGGGUGGAGGGCAUCCAAGGACUCCCUUUUACCAGGCUUUUCUAAAACUGGCCAAGACAAUUUGGCUUUUACACCGGUUGGCUUAUUCUUUUGAGCCAAAUGUCAAGGUAUUUCAGGUUAAAGGAGGGAGUGAGUUCUCUGAUGUUUAUAUGGAAAGUGUGGUCAAGAAUCUGAUAAUGGAUGAUAAUGAUGAAAAACCAAAAGUUGGUUUGAUGGUUAUGCCUGGAUUUUGGAUUGGGGGAAGUGUGAUUCAGAGUAGAGUGUAUCUCUCUGGUAUGAAGGUUGCUGAAUGAUUUCUGAGUACAGGCAAACCUUUCAGUAAAUGCAUAUUUGGUUUUAUGUGGUUUGUUUGAGUUGUCCUUUUGUUAUCUUGUAAGAUAAUGCUGUUGUCUGUAAUUUUUAUGAUCCCUUUUAGUGGUUGUAAGAUUAAAUGAGCCCAGUGUCCUUAUUUACGUUCGAGUAUCUUGUAAUGUGAAAACAUCCUGCACCGUGAUUCUAGUUUAUUUGUGGGGGUGGCAUU